CCCCUGAUACUCUGCAUUGCACCUUCUUAACCAAUUUGCCUUCAAUUAGGGUAAUUGGGAAACUAGCAAAGAAGUAUAGCAUUAAUAUUUUAAAGUGAUGAAGCGAUUACGGGCCUUGGACGAGGAAGCAAAUCAAUUUGCUAUCUGCUCCUAAAAGGCAAUUAUAAUCAUUUGUCAAAUCAGCCUGCUGGCCUCCCCCGCCCGUGUGAGCCAACACCUUAAGGCGGUUUAGCGGGGCCGGCUCCGCACACACGGCCCUGGUGGGUAAAUCCAAAUCCGGGCAGCUGGGGCGGCUGCGCCCGCGCCGAAAACCAACCCACGGGUGGUCCUGGUCCCUGGUGGGCACACGGCGCUUUUGGGGGGGAUCUCUUCGCUCUGAGCCACUUUGGAGCUCUUGGUGUCUGCGAGAGGCGCUGGGGUUGGGGGUCUUCCUGGGGCAGCUCUGCGCUCUGUGUCGCCGUGGUGCUGUUGGGAAGUCAGCGGAGCAGGGGAUCGGGGUCUUCUUGCUGCCGUCGUGGCGGCGCUGGCACAAGGUGCUCAUUGGGAUCCAUUUAAUUGGGAUCCAUCUCGUUGGGAUCCAGGAUCCCAGCCUGGGAACGUCCCCACCGCCCUACGGCAGCGCAGGGGGAUGAAGGCUCACAGUGCAGCACCACCAGCAGUGACACGCAGUGGCUCUGGGUCUGCGCUGUGUUCAGGCAGAGGCACUUCUGUGGGUCAGUACAGUGCCUGGUGGUGAUCAAAGCCCCACGGUGACGUUUAGCAUCUGAAAGGGGAACCGUGCUAUGGAGAGGAUGGGGGUGGGAGGAAGCCGAAACAGUGGCCAAGGGCUGCGGCGUUGGCAGGUGACAGGAAGAGGGUUUUGGGGGAAAGUAAAACGAAGUGGGGGGCAGAAAGGGGAAUCCUGGUGGGCAGCACGGGCACUCAGACAGGAGGAGACACCAUCGCAACGCUCCCGGCCCCCAGUGGGGCAAUGUUUCUGUCCCACAGCCCUACAGGCGUGGGGCUGCCUGCACUGUGGAUCCACAUCCCACAGCCCAUGGCCAGACCCCAUGGACGGCCCCACGGUGUGUCCUCACGCUGUGUCCCAUGCCCAACGCUCGUCCCUGCUCUUAGUCCCCACACCUGUUCCUCUCUGUCUGUACCCAUGGCUGAUGUGACACACACACAGACGGCUCCAGAGCUGGUUCCCAAAGCUGGUACCCAUGGUUGGUCCUGAGCGGAUCCCCGUGCCUGGUGUGACAUCCACAGCUGAUCCCACAGAUGGUCCCCAAGCUGCUCCCCACACUCGAGACUGCUCUCUAUGCCCAUUCUCCCCACACAAGGUGUGACACCUUUGCCAGUCCCUACGGCUGGCCCCCAUCCCUGGUGUGAUGACAUCCAUAGCUGGUCCCAUUGCUGCACCCCAUGCCCACUCCCCACACGUGGUGCGACGUCUACAGCUUGUUCCCAUGCCUGGUGUGACUUCCAUGCUUGAUGUGACAUCCCUAGCUGCUACUACAGCUGGACCCCCUGCUCAUUUGCCAUUCUCGGUGCGACAUCCCAAGAUGGUCCCAUCACUGGUCCCCCUGCCUGACGUGGCAUCCACAGCUGAUCCCACUGAUGGUCCCCAGGCUGGUUCCAAUGCCUGGUGUGACAUCCACAGCUGACCCCUUGCUAGUUCCCACACUUGAUGUGACAUCCAAAGGCUGUCCCAUUGCUCGACCCCAUACCCACUCCCCAUGCUUGGUGUGGCAUCCACAGCUGAUCCCAUCGUUGGUCCCCAUGCUCACUCCUCAUGCCUGGUUUGACUUCCACAGCUGAUCCCAUCGAUGGUCUCCAAGCCGGUCCCACUGCCUGCUGUGACACCCAGCAUCCCAAAGGACCCCACACGCUGCCACGAGGCCACCCCACCACCUCCACUGGGGGACGCAGCCCCCAUGGCAUCCCCAGCACAGCCCCAUUCCCGGCGGCGCGGCGCUGGCAAAGCCGAAGGAAAUUGUUUCUCUCCCUCCCCCCCCCCCCCCCCCGCCUUUCUUCUCCUCGCCCCGUGUUUCUAAUUCUUUUUCCUCUCCCAUAAUGAGGGGAUUACAAGGAAAACUCCAGCAGGACGCCUUUGUGGGGAGACAAUCCGAGCGGGGAAGGCAGCGCGGGGCUUUGUGCGCCCGCAGCCCCCCCGGCCCGCCCGGCGCUGGGGGGACAUUUAGAGCAAUUACUUGUCCAGAAAGUAACUGUCAAUCAUUCUUAAAGGGGAAGGCCUCCAAUUAAUAACCUCGUCUUAAUCCUUUGGACUCAUUUCCAAUCUGCGGGGCCUUGGUGACAUCUGCAACACUAAAUAAAGAUUCUCCCGAGCCUUAGCGCGGCGGUUCUGUGACAAAUAAGAAGACUAGAGGCAACUUUGGCUGCCAAGCUGCAAGAUUGGUGAGGUUGAGCCGCUUGUUUGGUUCCCAGGAGGGACCGGCAAAGUUAAAUACUCCUGGAAAAGCCGCGUCGGGCCCAGCAGGUGUGGAGCUGCGCAAAUGAGAAGCGGGUGCCGAGAUGUUCCUCAAUAAGUGUGAGGGGGAGCUGGGCGAGCUGCGGAAGCCGGGGGACGGCGAGGAGACGCCUCCAGCUGCUGCCGAGGAGGAGCAGCCCAAGAAGAAGCACCGGCGGAACCGCACCACCUUCACCACCUACCAGCUGCACGAGCUGGAGCGAGCCUUCGAGAAGUCCCACUACCCCGACGUGUACAGCCGAGAGGAGCUGGCCAUGAAGGUCAACCUGCCCGAGGUCCGCGUGCAGGUCUGGUUCCAGAACCGCCGAGCCAAGUGGAGGCGGCAGGAGAAGAUGGAGGCCAGCUCCAUGAAGCUCCACGACACCCCCAUGCUGUCCUUCAACCGGCCGCCCAUGACGGCCAACGUGGGGCCCAUGAGCAACUCCCUCCCGCUCGACCCGUGGCUGACGUCGCCCAUCUCCAGUGCCACCCCUGUGCACAGCAUCCCCGGCUUCAUGGGAGCCCCCCAGGCCCUGCAGCCCCCCUACGGAGGGCACUCCUUCCUCAACACCCCCCCCGGCAUGGCUCAGGGCAUGCAGCCCAUGGCCCCCGCGCCCUACCAGUGCGGCACCCCCUUUGUGGACAAGUACCCGCUGGAGGACGUCGACCAGAGGAGCUCCAGCAUCGCCUCGCUCCGCAUGAAAGCCAAGGAGCACAUUCAGACCAUCGACAAGACCUGGCAGCCCAUUUGAUGAACGCUCCCCACUGCUCCCUACCCCGACGGGGCGCUCGGCAGGACCGGAGCAGGGAGGUGACCCCCCCGGAUGCAGCAUCAUGGACAGCGGC